UCCGAGAGCGAGGUCAAGAUGGCGCGCUGCAGCAGGUGAAGGGGACUCAGCGGCAGCCGGUCGUUCGCUUGAAGAAUAUGUACAAAACACCAUGUAGUAGACUGACGGGAGUCUGGAAAUGCCUUCCGCGCGAUGGUUUGCUUGGUGUCAGUGUGCAGCAGAAGCUCAUUGCAAACGCAUCUAGGAGUCACAUGAGCGUCAGGAGUCUGAUUAAACUCUGCAGGAAAAAUCAAGCAGAAUGGAUCACGUUCCAGCAUCUCUGCUUCCUGAAGAGACAGUAUGUGAAGAGCAGCAGCAGUCUCUGCCAGAGAGCGAGAGCCAAGCAGGAGCCUGUUGCCUCUGUGCUGGAUGAUCGAGAUGAUUCGGUGGUCAGUCAGGUUGUGAAGGAUUUACCAGGGAUUUACGCACGGCUCUCCAAAAUUAAAUUAACAGCUCUUGUGGUUACUACAGCAGCUGCUGGCUAUGCCAUGGCUCCAGUGCCCUUUGACCCUGUCACUUUUUUGAUGGCUUCGUUCGGAACGUUUCUCUCCUCCUGUACAGCCAAUUCCAUCAAUCAGUACUUUGAGGUGCCCUUUGACUCAAACAUGAAUCGUACCAAAAACAGACCUCUGGUCCGAGGACAGAUCAGCCCUCUGCAUGCUGUGUCAUUCGCCCUGGCGUGUGGGAUCCCAGGUGUGACCCUGUUGACCCUGGGUGUAAAUCCCCUGACUGGCUUCCUGGGCGCCCUGAACAUCUUCCUGUACACGUGCUGCUACACUCCCCUGAAACGCCUCAGCAUCACCAACACCUGGGUGGGUGCCGUGGUGGGCGCCAUCCCACCUGUAAUGGGCUGGACAGCAGCCACCGGCUCUCUCGAUCCAGGAGCACUCUUACUGGGAGGUUUCCUGUUCUCCUGGCAGUUUCCUCACUUUAAUGCACUGAGCUGGAAUCUAAGAGAGGACUAUUCGCGCGGCGGUUACAGAAUGAUGUCCGUCACCCAUCCCGGCCUUUGUAAACGCGUGGCCCUCCGCCACAGCGUAGGCCUGAUUGGCCUCUCAGCCUUGGGCCCCGUGCUGGACGUCACCACCUGGACGUUCCCCUUAGUCUCCCUGCCGAUUAACCUUUACAUCAGCUACCUGGCUUUCAGAUUCUAUCGCAGUGGCGACAGGCAGAAUGCCCGCAAGCUGUUUUUUUGUAGUCUUUGGCACCUGCCCAUGCUGCUGCUGCUGGCCCUCACCUGCAAGAAGAGACACGUGCCGCAGAACGAGGCAGCUGUUGCUCCCAGCACGCCUUCUCUGGCUCUGUAGAGCAAACUCAAUCCCCUGCCAUAUUCAUACUGGCUAGACAAUUGCUGUCAGCCCUAAAAUUAAUUGUCUUGGAGCUAGAAAGACACCAAAAGUUGUGUACCUUGGAGAGGGAAGCCAUAACCUCUUACCACUGUUGUAAAAGUUUCCAUCAGG